GCGAGCCUAUGCUUGACACACUUACCCACACCAUACACACACACAGUGUUGCGGCCUCUCCCCGAGCUUGUUCCGAGAUUACGCCGCUUUCAUCGGUUAGACAAACUAACGAAUCGCCGGUGAAAGACAGACUCUGCCCCCGUCCUGCGCUGUGUGUAACGCUGGUUAGCUCCGGUACAAGCUGGGAAUGUAUUUUAUUUAACAAUUACAUGACGACUUGUUCUCCGUACGGUUGCGGGGGGGACGCUUGUUAGCAGGGCUGAGAUUUUAGGCAUUUUAAAGUUGCACCGUGGGUGCAUACAGGCCACAACACCUCUAGCUAACUGAGUACCUUGAUAAGUGACAGACAACAUCUUGGGCGUCUGUGUUUGUUUCGGUGAAGCCGCGGAGGUCUCCAGCAGCAGCCAUGGCAGGGACACGGACAGCUGCUCUGCUGGUCCUGGUGUGUUUACACUUCCAUCGCUCCGGCUCUUUCAACCUGGAUGUGGAUAAUCCCUACGUAUACUCCGGACCCGAGGGGAGCUACUUCGGCUUUUCGGUGGACUUCUUUAAGCCUUCAAACAACCUACAGUCAGACGUUCUGAUUGGAGCUCCUCGAGCUAACAUGUCUGCGGACAGCAUUGUGGAGAGAGGAGCAGUGUACAGCUGCCCCUGGGGCGGAUCCAGCGCCUGUCAGCAGCUGGUGUUUGACAACAAAGACGAAAGGACGAAUAAUGGGGCUAAGAUGGAGUUUAAAUCCAAACAAUGGUUUGGAGCGUCAGUGCGAUCUGAUGGAGAACACAUUCUGGCGUGUGCUCCCCUUUACCAGUGGUCGACCUUUGGUGUCUCUGAGCGUGAGCCUGUGGGAACUUGUUACCUGAAGAAAGGAAACCAGGUGGUUGAAUACUCGCCCUGCAGAACAGAUAAAAACUCACCAGAAGGGCAGGGCUUCUGCCAGGCUGGCUUCAGUGUCGAUUUCCUUAAGAACGACAAAAGGGUGGUGGUGGGAGGACCUGGCAGCUUCUACUGGCAGGGUCAGCUGAUCUCUGAUGACGUCUCAGAGAUUUUUACCCGCUUCAAUAAUCAGUACAUCACCCGUUAUGGAAACACGCUCUCCACCAAGUCAGCCAAUGCCCAGUAUGACGACAGUUAUCUUGGAUACUCUGUGACAGUUGCAGACUUCAAUGGCGAUGGAAAGGACGAUUUUGUGACUGGAGUACCGAGGGGGGAGAAGGCGCUGGGUUAUGUGAACAUCUUUAACGGCGCAGUCAUGGAGUCCAUGAUCAACUUCACAGGGUCACAGAUGGCCGCAUACUUUGGACAUUCUGUUGCAGCUUUUGAUGUCAACAAUGACGGUAAUAUGGAUGUGUUCAUUGGAGCUCCUCUCUUCAUGGACAGAGGCUUAGAUGGAAAACUGAGGGAGGUGGGACAGGUGUCUGUCUAUCUUGGUCGGGGUGGAUUUUCCUUUCAACCACCUCAGUUGCUCACUGGGUCCGAAGUUUACGCCAGAUAUGGCUCUGCCAUUGCAGCGCUAGGAGACCUGAACAUGGAUGGCUACAACGAUGUGGCCAUCUCUGCUCCUUACGGAGGCCCCGACCAUAAUGGCUUGGUUUACAUCCAUAAUGGCAGCCCUCAGGGGCCCAAAGCAUCACCAUCCCAGCGCCUGGAGGGCAAAUGGGCAUCCAGUUACAUGCCCCCUAGCUUUGGGUACUCCAUGUCUGGAAAUACUGACAUAGACCAGAAUGGAUAUCCAGAUUUAAUAGUUGGAGUGUUUGGAGCAGACAAAGCCGUUUUAUACAGAGCCCGUCCAGUGAUCAGUGUAAAUGCCACGUUGGACAUCACACCCCUGAUCAUCAACCCUGAGGAAAAGAACUGCACACUGUCUGGUACCAACACACCUGUAUCAUGUUUUAAGGUGAAGUACUGUCUGAAGGUCAGCGGCCAUAGGGCUCCAGACCUGCUCACUUUCCGAGUGGACCUCAUGUUGGACCGCUUGAAGCAGAAGGAGGCGACUAAGCGUGUCCUCUUCCUGUACAGUCGCACCUUUCAGUACUCCAAAGACAUGACCGUGUCCAACGGCAAAGGGCCGGCCUGCGAGGAGCAGCAGGUCUACUUGAGGGAUGAUCGAGAGUUCCGGGAUAAGAUCACUCCCAUCUCAGUGUCGAUGGAGUACAGUAUGAACUACCAGCAGGCUGCAGACAAAACGGGAUUGCAGCCUAUUGUUGACAUGUCAUCUCCAUCUGAAAUCAACAAGCAGGUUCAUAUCCUGUUGGACUGUGGGCCUGACAACAUCUGCAAACCUGACCUCAAGCUGUCGGUUAAAAGUGACCGUGACCAGAUUUACAUUGGCGAUGAUAACGCUCUGACCCUGGAGAUCACCGCUGAGAAUCAAGGCGAGGGAGCCUACGAGGCCGAACUCCACAUCUACCCUCCGCAGCAGGCUGACUUCAGCGGCGUCGAUCGCAGUCAGACCCUGUCUAGGCUGUCCUGCGCAUACAAGAAAGAGAACCAGACUAAAAUGGUGGUGUGUGACCUUGGAAACCCCAUGAAGGGAGGAACUAAGAUGGUGGCUGAGUUGGGGUUCAGCGUGCACCAGCUAUCAGAGGACGACACAUCUGUCCGCUUUGACCUGCAGAUAGUCAGCUCUAACCAGUUUGACAACACCAGUCCCAAAGUCACCAGCGUCAUCAAACUGGCUGUACUCGCUAAAGUCUCCAUUAGAGGGUCUUCAUCUCCUGGUCAGGUGUUUAUUCCUAUCGCCAACUGGAAACCGAGAGAGCCUCCUGUAUUCGGUGACGACAUCGGACCACAAAUAGUACACGUCUACGAGCUCCUGAACAACGGUCCCAGUACGUUCAGUAAGGCAGCGCUGGAGGUCAAGUGGCCGUACCAGUUUAGAAACGGCUCUCUGCUCUACAUCACCAGCUACGACACAGAGGGACCUAUCAACUGUACCACUGAUAUACAGAUAAACCCACUCAAUGUCUCUAACCCACUGAGCACCUCAAAGAACACCAGCACUGUUACGCCUGGAGGACGAGAGUCGGAGGGACGGAAUCAAAACAGCGUCCGCCGGAGGAGAGAUCUGGAGUCCAGAAAUGCAGAGAAUGACCUGCAGACACUGGACUGCCACACAGCUAAGUGUCUGACACUGAAAUGUCAGGUCGGUCGUCUAGAAAGGAGGAAGAACGCCAUCCUCUUCAUCUACUCCAGACUGGAUGUCAACAACUUCCUCAGGCCUGAGAAUCAGAAUCGUUCCUACGUGAUACAAUCAACAGCUAGCUUCAGUGUGAUCGAGAUGCCCUACAAGAACCUGGAGAUGGAGCUACCAUCCAAUAGCACCACAGUGAGUGUAUCAGUGGUUUGGGUGGCUGAGCCUCCUCCACCAGUGCCAGGCUGGGUGGUGGCUCUGGCUGUGCUGGCAGGACUGCUGCUGCUGGCGCUGCUUAUCUUCAUCAUGUACAAGUUGGGUUUCUUUAAGAGAGUCCGCCCCCCACAGGAGGACUGCAUUGAAAAGGAGCAGCUGCAGCCAGAGGAGAACGGAAACACUGAUGCCUAGAUGUCAAACUGUGAGGGACUGAUGGCAAAUCAGUAGGGGGGGGGGGAAAAGAAAUCAGGGUAAAAAGGCCUCUGAGAGCAUUUCACUGUAUUGACUGUUGGAUGGCAGAUAAUGAUAUAGAUUUAAAAUUUAAUUUUUAAUUUUUAUUUUGUUUUUUAAAAAAACUUGUCAACAUGUAUUUGUGCCAAAAGAGAAUCUGGAAAACAUCGAUCAAACAAAAUCCACAAAGUUUAGUGUUAAAGCAGCAGUUCGACUUUUCCUGACAAGCUGCAUCACAGUGUGUGCGUGAUGUCUGAACGACGCUGAUGUUACGAACUGCAGAUGUUUUGUGAGUUCACACAUACAUUUGUUUAAUUUGUGAGAGUCGCAUGAUCAGAUUGCCUGCUUUAAAAAUAUAAAGCUACAGCUUGAUUAGCUUACCUUAGCAUGGAACUGGAAACAAAGAAAAUUCACCUCAUCUUUUUGCAUUAAUGAUAUUAAAAAUCACAACACUAAGUAUUUAUAUAAACAUUUAAUAAAUAUUUUGUUCCCUAAAAUCAUUAUUGAUAAAAUGUGUUAAAAUGCUUUUACAAACUAGCUGUGAGAGCUAGCAAGUCGAUCUCUUGUAUUGUAUUCAACAUUUGAAAAAUGCAGAAUUUCAUAUUUACAAUUCAAGCAUUAAAAAUUAAACAAGCUACAGCAUAUUAGUCAACAUUAAAGCUGUCGGGCAGAUCUUGUUAUCUCUUCACAGAACCAGGCUAGCUGUUCCCUAGCCAAGCUAAUCCACUGCAGUUUCAUAUUUAAUAUUCAAAUACAAGACUGUUGUCAUUCUGAACAUCUAACAUGUCCAAAACCGUUGAGCUAUUCCUUUAACAAAUCGAGAAACUUAAUGGUUUUGUUCCAGCAUGCAGUUGAAAUCAAAAUUACAGUUUUCCAGAAGUUAUAAGAAUCAUAAACCACCUUAAUUUGCACAUUUUCCAUCCAAACACAAAUCCAGCAAUGAGAGAAACGGCCUUGUUGUUAUGUUACACUCAAGUCAUUGUUUUAGAGUUUCUAAAGAGCAGUUAAAUAUUAAUACAGCCAGUGAUAUUAAAGAAUACCACAGACUGAAUCAGUGGAGUUUAAAUUAGCAAAGGUGUGCUAUAAAAACACAUUAUCCCAGCUGAGACACAAGAAGCGUAAAACUUUAAUAAUAAAAUUAUAAAUGCGGUGAUGAACUAGAGGAUUGUGGAGAUUGAGUGUAGAGCCCAACCGAUUUUAACUAUUCCACGAUUUAUGUGUGUCUGUGUGUAUAAAGGCUGAUAACUAAAAAUGUAAAAAGUAAAGAAGAAAUGAGAGAAACACCAUUCAGCCUUGUUAUGAGUGUUGAUGUUGCAUAGAUUGUCCACCAGAGGGCACUCUGCAACUUUUCUGUUGAAAAUGUGGAACACCACAAACACAAUAGCCAACUGAUCCAAGCAGAGCGUAAACAAAUAAAACACAUAUGUCACAGUGAUGUGCCAUAUUAUCUUAGUAUGGACUCAAAUUAUUACUACGCAAAACAAAUGUUUGUUUCAUAUGUGAGAAUAUCGGCCGAUAUAUUGAAUUGUUAUCAGUUGGGUUCCACUUGUAAUUUAGUAAAUGUUUUUUUCUUUUUGUUUUAGUGACGUGAUUAGUUGUGAUCAACCAGCAAUGUAAAAACAAACAAUAACAAAGCAAUACGGUAACUGAAGCAGCUAGUUAGCUGCAUUCAGGUCUUUUUAGAUGUUUGGGUAAAACUGGUUUAUCUGCUGUAGCAUGGGAUGAUGGGAAGGUCACAAUAAUAUAUUUGCCCUUAUGUACGCUUGUUUUUUCUCUUCCUGCUUUGUGUGUGGGGUAGCUGAUCUGAAUUUCUCCUGUAUGAGUUUGCUUUGGGAUGUUGGUGGUUGUUUCCUUUGUAUUUUGUACACAACGUUAAUUAGAGUUUUAGAAGUUUGUCCAACUUUUUCAACACAAUCAAGAAAAUGUUUGGCCAAAUGUAAUUUUGUUUGUGCAGAAAAUGGUUGAAAAUCAUUUUAAGUUCUUUCUGAUUGGUCAUUCCACAGAAGCCUCGUACCUCGCAUCAUUAUGUUGAAGCUGAUGUUAUGUCGUGUCUCUGCAAGAAAAGAGCUGUAACUGGCUGAGAAAAUGUUUCAGGCUGUAUGGAAACUGGUUUAUAUUUGCCAUACAUUUCUAGCUUUGUGAAUAAAUAGUUUCCAGUAAUAGAGUAAAUGCAUUCUAGAUCCUAACAAGUAUUGAUAAAUGAACAAUUUCAGUUAUUUUUCAAGUGAAUAAAUGAAUGAAAAAAAUUUUUUAGGAUUUAUUUUAUUUUUAACCUGACCAAUUGAUGAAAGUAUUAAAGUAUUUAAGACAUUACACAUUUUGAUGUUUAAGAUUUGUCAACAUGUGUAAAUACCUGCAGUCAGUAGCUAGAGCAACAGCAAUAGUAACUAUGGGGGUGGAGCUUAACAGACUAUUAGUAAUUCUAACCUGGCAAAGUACGGGCUGUUAUAGUGUUAGUGAGCUGCGACUUGAGUGUUGACAUGAUCACUUGGAUUGGAUUGUGUAUUUGCAAGCAUGUGAUUGGUUAAUGCUUCAUUACAUCAUUGUAAUCACUAGUUGAGGCCCGUUCAGCUCACACAGCAGCAAGCAUUGAGUUUUAUUUUGUAGUUUUAAAUCACAAACUUCUUUUUUAAAAAGACUUGUAGUCCUUUUCACUGAAUUGGUUGUGACAGUUUUUCCUGUACUGAGGCCUUUUGGAUUUCUACUUAUUUACAUUCAGAUUUCAGACUGGCAGCUUUGCUGGGAACAAGUUAAAACAAACGCAGGUUUCUAUUUUGUGUUUUGAGUAUAUGACUGCUCUAAUACUUAAGAAAAAAAGAAAAAAAUACUUUGCUAUUUACCCAUAUUGGGUUCGCAUUAUAAAUUAAUGUUUAUGGCUGAUUAUAGGUUUACAAAUAUAAUAAUGCAGGUAACAUUCAUCAUAAAAAAACAGGAAGACUUUAAUAAGCACGUUAUACAUCAUUGUUUUCUUUCAGUGGCAUCUUAACCAAUACUUUGAACCAACUUGAGCAAAGAGUCGUGUGUUUGUGUGGGACAGCACUUCUUAACAAAUUAGUGAUUUUGGUAUGAGGAUUGAUCUUAGGUCAGUGCUCUCACGAGGGAGUCCAAACUGAGCGGCUUCACUGCACUGUUCAUUUUUUCUAUAAAGGUUUUCUAAGGUUGAUUGUGUGUAAAUUAGACCAAAACAGCAUGUUUCUCUUUGCCAGGAGUCAGUUGGACAGAAAUCUGUUCAUUUCAGUAUCAGUCAUUUCAAAUUACUCAGAAAAGCUGCAAAUCGCUAAAACAUUUACUUCUGUCCUAACAUCUUUGAUAUGACCUUAUUGUCAGCACUGUUGUCCUGAGCGAUGAUACAAAAGCCUUUGGUGAGUAGAGGAGUUUGUGUUAAAUAUGGAGGAAUAAAAAAAAAAAACAAAGCCUCCUGGCAGAUACGAGUGAUUUGCAGCCAGUCAUUUGUAUUUAAUAUUGCUCCGUGUUUCUUUCUGCCCUAAGAAAAUAUUGACUAUUUUUGAUGUAUGUAUUCUUUCACAUAGAGAAUAAAACAAUGAUUUCAUAAAGAGAUGAUUUUACCUUUAAACUAAAAUAAACUGAUUUGUUCA